CCUCUCACCCUCGCUAUUCUUCACCAUCACCUUGUUUUACAUGUUACAGCUGAUUACUGUAGCAGCUACUGGGAGACAGAUGGUUACUACCAUGAUACUCAGCUUUGUGGCUCUCGAUACGGCCUUGGAAACUGCAACAGAAAGUACCGCUGCAGUGAACACCGUCUAACUGAAGAAAAACGAGAACGCUGUACAAGCCCAGGCCUAGCUAUGACAAAAAAAAGCCAUGUUUCCAAUCUUCUGGGAAGCAUCUUAGGGCCUAUUUUUCCUAGUAUUCUGUGCUUGGGUCUCAUCAUCUGCUGUGUGGCCCCUUGUUCUACAAGACGUUGGCCCACUUUGUCUCAGUCAACAAAUCACAAAAUAUUAGUACCUUAUCUUCAAACCAAAGGCUGUCUACAACUUACCUCUAGCUGCAAAAAAAACACCCUCACCAUAGUCAACGUGCCACAGCAGCCACUCGCUCCCUCCGGACAUCAGCCAGGUUACCAGCCUGUACCUGCCCAGACUGGAUAUGGAGGCCUGCCCUUCCCUACAGCACCUGCACCGCCAUCGAACAUGAAAUCUACUGAGUUAUUUUAUGACAUUUAUAAACAUAGAGGUGGCUGAGAC